AUGUUUGCUGAGCACAGCAGCAACCCUGCUUGGAGGGUCCAGGCUGGCUCCACCCUAGCCUGGCUCAGAGAAGAACUGGCCUGCUCUGCUCAUUUUGCUGGUCAUCUUCUUCACUGUGGCGGGCAACAUCCUGAUCAUCCUGGCUGUGCCACCAGCUUCAUCCUGCGCUCCCUGGCUGUGGCAGACAUGCUCAUGGGCUUUCUCGUCAUGCCGGUCUCACUGAUUAACAUUCUCUAUGACUACCUGGGGCCCUUCCCCAGACCCCUUUGUCCCAUCUGGAUCUACCUAGACGUGCUGUUCUCCACAGCAUCCAUCAUGUACCUGUGUACCAUUUCACUGGACCGCUAUGUGGGCAUCUGUAACCCCAUCAAACACAGCCGCUCCAACUCCCUCUCCAAGGCCAAGGCUAAGAUCGCCCUCGUCUGGAGCAUCUCCAUAGGCUAUCAUGGUCUCGACGGCUCAAGGCUUUUUGGUUUUUGCGGAAAUCGGAUAGCCAGGCAACCUUCGAUCGACCGGGCUACCUUACUCGGGACCACCCCAAGGCUCCCCGCAGGGGACAGUCUUAGCCUCCUCAAACAGGACCCUAGUCCCGAGACCUUGCCAGCUGUUGCAGCCUCCAAUAUUUCCGUCUCUCAAGCCUCCUCGCAACCCGUCUCUCCAGCAGGGAGGCAGGAGCCAGGGGGACCUGGUGGGAAACCUGGCGUGGCUCAAUCAAUCAAAAAUGAGAGGAGAGCCUCCAAGGUCCUGGGUGUGGUGUUUUUCCUCUUCCUGAUGAUGUGGUGUCCGUUCUUCAUCACCAAUGUGCUGAGCGUGUUGUGUGAGGACUCGAUAAUAAGCCUGUGCAAUAAGCCCGUGUUGGCAGUGCUCCUAAAUGUCUUUGUUUGGGUGGGAUAUGCCUCUUCUGGUGUCAACCCACUGGUCUACACUCUAUUCAACAGGACCUACAGACAGGCCUUCCACCGCUACCUACGGUGUAUCUACCACAGCCCGCCAGCCAAGAGCACCCCAGCCUACCCUGUCUUUCCAGUUUACACCGUCACCCAUAUUCUCUGCGGGAAAGAUGCCAACCGGCUGUAA